UAAGACUUCAUCAUGAGAGUGGUUCCAGUUCUCUUGGUUUUCUUGUCUCUCUCUCAUUUUUGUGGAGCAGAGAAUGCAGCAUCUAAUGCUGAAGAAAGACAGGUUAGGCCUGUCCAGCCAGCUGAGCAAGAAAAAUACUUGAUAGAAGAAUGUUUAAGUAACCAAUACACACACAAUUCCUGUAAGAAAGUUUUUUGUAACCCAUGGGAACGAUGUGUGGAGGGAAAAUGCCGUUGUAAACUUCCCUACCAGUGCCCAAAGAAUGGCACUGCAGUUUGCUCUACCAAUGGAAGGCAGUUCCAAACUUACUGCCAGCUAAAGAGCUAUGAAUGUCAACAGCCUGCAGCAAGGUUUCUGAACAAUGGGAACUGCGUGUCUGGAGAAACAUUUGAAGUCUCCUUGGGCCAUGGCGAUUCAAGUUUGCUUCGAGUAAAACCCGUGAAUCACAGAGAGGAUCUUUUUGUAUGUGAUAGUGAGUGGACUAUGAAUGAAGCAAAUGUGGCCUGCAGGCACCUUGGCUUUCAGUUAGGGGCUCAAUACUACCAGUCCAAUUCCAACAUCGUAAAAUCUACCUUAAAUUCAUCACAGUGUCUUCAAAUAACUUGCAGAGGCCUAGAGACAAGUCUUGCUGAAUGUUACAUAGUGGAGAAAGCAAGAGAUAGGAAUGAGGGAUUUGUUAGCCUUGAAUGCUACAAAAAUGUCAGAGACUGCUCAGCGGGGGAGUUCCGCUGYGUCAACAGCAAGUGCGUUGCUUUGACUGACACCUGUGAUGGAAUCAACGAUUGCGGGGACCUAAGUGAUGAGCUAUGCUGCAAAGCAUGCAGAGGGAGUAGUUUCCACUGUAGGUCCAACAUCUGUAUUCCAAGUAAGAACGUCUGCAACAAAGAAACUGACUGCCUCACAGAAGAGGAUGAAGCUCAACUUCUCUGUGCAGAUAGAGAAAAAUAUGUUGAAAAUCACAGUAUGGAUGCAGAAAGAAAAAGAAUAAAGACAUUUCUUCCCCAAAUAAACUGCGGUCUUACAAAUCGCACAUUAACUCGACGGAAAAGAAUCAUAGGUGGAGAAACUGCAAAAAAGGGUGAAUUCCCUUGGCAAGUGGCAAUUAGAGGAACUGGCAAUGAAGGUACAACAGUGUACUGUGGCGGGGUUUAUAUUGGUGGCUGUUGGGUUCUGACUGCUGCACACUGUGUCAGAGCAAAUCGAGUUCAUCUGUACCGGAUCUGGGUUGGGCUGCUGGAUACAAUACGGUUUAACAAAGAGACAGAUACUUACCAGUUAAAACAACUGAUCAUCCAUGAGAAAUACAAUGCUGCAACUUACGAAAAUGACAUUGCUUUGUUGGAGCUGGAAAGUUCUUUAAAAGGCGAAUGCUCCCUAAAACACACCACACCUGCCUGUAUUCCCUGGUCUGAGUAUAUGUUCAAGCCUGGUGAUACAUGCAAGGUUUCCGGGUGGGGACUAGAAAAAGGUUAUGUAAAACAAUAUGUCCUAAAGUGGGGCAAUGUUAAUUUAUUUCAAAAUUGUUCUGAAUUGUAUCCAGGACGCUUUUUUAAAGAAAUGGCAUGUGCAGGUACUUACGAUGGUUCCAUAGACAGUUGCAAGGGUGACUCYGGAGGCCCCUUGGUCUGUUUUGAUGCGGAAAACGUGGCCUAUGUCUGGGGUGUUGUGAGCUGGGGAGAAAACUGCGGCGAGCCUGGUCACCCUGGUGUGUAUACAAAAGUGGCCAGCUACUACGACUGGAUCAGUCGCCACGUGACAAGGAGUCUCAUUUCACGGUACAACGUCUGAAGCUCUGAAAAGAAAUUGUUUUCUUGUUAACACCCAUGCAGAAUUGUACACGAGCUGUUUGCUGCAAUCAGCAGUCAUGUAACUUAGCAACUAUUAGUACAAAUCUUUAAAGAAGGUAUUUUGAAAAUGCAUAGAGCUUUAUGCAAAAUUCUG